UAGCACUAACUUUAGAUGCUAUGCCUUCUCUUGUUCCUUUCAGGCUCCAGUAGCACCAAAAUUUGUACUCCUGGCUUGAAGAAGUAUGCGCUUCCCCCAGAUUAUAGUGGCACUCAAAUUCCUGAAAAACCCAAACUAAAGUUCGUAGAGAGAGCCCCAAACGUACCCAAAGUCAGGCGUGAGUUCAAGAAUUUACGUGAUAUCCGUGGCCCAUCUACAGAAGCCACAGAAUUCACUGAAGGACAGUAUGGUAUUCUGGCUAUGGGCGGUGGCUACCUCCGCUGGGGUCACUUUGAAAUGAUACGCUUGACUAUCAACCGGCACAUCAAUCCGAGGAAGAUGUUUGCUGUUUGGAGGGUGCCUGCCCCUUACAAGCCCAUCACCCGCAAGGGACUGGGACAGCGGAUGGGUGGGGGUAAAGGUGCAAUCGACCAUUAUGUGACAGCCGUGAAGGCAGGCCGUCUCAUAGUAGAAGUGGGUGGAUAUGUUGAAUUUGGUGAGGUAGAGCGCUUCUUAACCCAAGUGGCCCAAAAGCUGCCUUUCCCAGCCAUAGCAGUCAGCCGAGAGUCCAUGCAGGAGAUGCGGGACAAGGAAGAAGAGAGAAGGCAAAACAACCAGAAUCCGUGGACUUUUGAACGCAUUAUCACAUCCAAUAUGCUAGGGAUGAGGAAGUUUCUGAGCCCCUAUGACUUGCAACUGAAGGGCCGCUAUUGGGGAAAGUUCUUUUUACCGGACAGAGUAUAAAAAGGUAGAAAUGAAUGAGGGGCUCUUUUGCUGUGAUAGCAACAGAUGGGCUGCUCUGCAGUCUUAAUCAAAGAAAACAGAAUGUUCUUUAUGGAUUAAGCAAAAGGCUCCCUUGGAAAACAAAUGGCUGUACAAAUUAGGAAAAUAUGUUGGGUUAUAUUAAUAGGUUUUGGGUAAAUAAAUACUUCCUAGCAUGGGUGCCUGU